UGAGAGACACAAAACAAAACCAUUGGCGCCAACAGUUGUUUGUUUCCUCUACCAUCCAAUUACGCUUCUCUCUGCCUCUACGUAAAUAAAAAUAUGGCUCUCAUAUUCCAAGCCAAUAACCCCAAAAAACCAAUGGCAUCGCUAACAGCGGGGUUUCACCGCCACAACAACCACCGCAGCCAUUCUUCUUCUGCGUCCAAAAUCAUAAUCUUCUUCUGCCUCUCUGCCUUUCUCGGCCUCGCCAUCAUCGCCAACCUCUUCCGCGCCUCCCUCUCCACUCACUAUCUCUCCAUCGCCACCAACUGGGUCGACACCAACGCACCCGUCCUCAUCCUGAAACUCGCCGCCACUCCUCACAACAGCAACAACAAGGGAAAAGAUGGGAAGAUUGCACAAAGGAUGGGUCCCCAGAGAUUCCUUUCGGCUACAUUUGCGGACUUGCCUGCUCCAGAAUGGCAAUGGGAGCAGAUGCCGUCGGCUCCAGUGCCUCGGCUAGAUGGGUACUCUAUACAGAUUAAGAAUACCUUUUAUGUGUUUGCAGGAUAUGCCCAUCUUGACCAUGUGCACUCGCAUAUUGAUGUGUUCGAUUUCAGCAUCAACAAAUGGGUAGAUCAGAUUAAAAUGCCAAAUGAAAUGGCUCAUUCACAUUUGGGCAUAGCAUCUGAUGGCAGGUAUAUAUACAUUGUCUCAGGACAAUAUGGUACCCAAUGCAGUGGGCCUACUACCGCUUCCUUUUCGCUAGACACUGCAACAAAGAAAUGGAAACCUUUGCCACCAUUGCCAGCCCCCAGGUAUGCUCCUGCAACUCAAUUAUGGAAAGGAAGACUCCAUGUCAUGGGUGGUAGCAAGGAGAAUCGCCAUACACCUGGAAGAGAUCAUUGGAGUUUGGCUGUGAAGGAUGGUGAAACAUUGGAGCAACAAUGGCGGGACGAAGUUCCCAUUCCACGUGGUGGACCACAUAGGGCUUGCAUUGCAGUCAAUGAUCGACUUUUUGUUAUUGGUGGACAAGAAGGUGAUUUUAUGGCCAAACCUGGUUCGCCUAUAUUCAAGUGUUCACGCAGACAUGAAGUGGUCUAUGGAGAUGUUUAUAUGCUGGAUGAUGAAAUGAAAUGGAAAAUUUUGCCACCUAUGCCAAAACCAGAUUCUCACAUAGAGUGUGCAUGGGUUAUUGUCAACAAUUCAAUAAUCAUCACUGGAGGUACCACAGAAAAGCACCCAGUGACAAAAAGGAUGAUGCUGGUUGGGGAAGUUUUCCAAUUUCAUUUAGACACAAUGAAAUGGUCAGUGAUCGGAAAGCUUCCUUACCGCAUAAAAACCACAUUAACUGGUUUUUGGGAUGGAUGGCUAUACUUUACAUCAGGACAAAGGGACAGAGGGCCAGAUAACCCACAACCAAAAAAGGUAGUUGGAGAAACGUGGAGAACGAAAUUACAUUUGUCAUAGUUUCAGAUAAAAAAGCUGAGUCUUGUUAAAAGUUUUUUUUUUUUUCCAAUUUUUGAUUCACAUUGCUGCCACAUGCCUAUUCAAAUUAUUUAUCUUUUCCUUUUCAAUUAAUUCAAUGCCUUAAUUAGGAAAUAGUUAUGUAAAAUUUGUCUACCUUGUGUACAGAGUUCAGAUUUUAAUGGAUAUAUUGGAAAUUGCAGUUAUUCUAA